AUGUGCGGAACCAUGCUCUGCAUCACCAGAAGAACCAUCAGUUCCAGAAAGUCGUACGCAGCACUCAACGACGUGUCCGACGAAAUCCACCUAAACAACCUCUACAAGGACGACCACCAGUCCACCAUGUCCACGCUCGCCCCCACCCUGCUCCGCUCCUACCCGAUCUCGUCCCUCUACACAGACGACCCGGACAUGUCCUCUGACGACGAGCUCGACCAAUCCAGCUCAAAUCGACGCGUCGAUUUGGACUCGCUCACCAACGUGUCAUGA